AUGAAGAAGAUGAGGUGUCAGUCAAGCAAGGUGGUGGGGACCAUAGUGACAGUGGCUGGGGCCAUGUUGAUGACACUGUACAAGGCCCCAUUGUGGAGUUGCUGUGGACCAAACAUUAUGCUCACCGCUACUCUCACAUCACAACCAAUAAUCUUCAAACCACACACACUUCAACUUCUUCCUCAGACAAACAAUGGUUCAUUGGCUCCAUUUUCCUUAUCAUUGCCACCUUUGCCUGGGCUUGCCUUUUGUUUUACAAGCAAAAGCAUUGGAGACAUACAAAAUCAUAAUCUCAGUCUGACAUCACUAAUGUGCUUCAUAGGGACACUUCAGGCAAUUGCUGUUACAUUUGUGAUGGAACACAAUCCUUCUGUGUGGAAGAUUGGCUUUGACAUGAACUUGCUUGCUGCUGCCUAUGCUGGGAUUGUGACAUCAAGCUUAACAUACUAUGUACAAGGACUGGUGAUCAACAAGAAAGGCCCUGUCUUUGCAACUGCCUUUAGCCCUUUGAUGAUGAUUAUUGUGGCCAUCAUGGGCUCCUUCAUCCUUGCUGAAAAAAUUUAUCUUGGAGGUGUUAUUGGGAGCAUCUUAAUAGUUAUUGGAUUGUACUCUGUCUUAUGGGGAAAGCAUAAAGAAAGAGUGGAAAGUAAAGUGAAUGAAGUAGAUCAAGAUAUAGCCUUACCAAUGAAGGCCUCUCCAGUUGAUGCGAAUAAUAAUAAUAAUAAUAAUAAUAAGUAUGCAGAUGACAAACAAUUAACAAUCAACGAAGCAAAAUCAGAGAAAGGAGAUAAAUCCAUCAGUAAGAUUGAUUCAGUUCACAUUAGCAUGCCUCACUCCAACCAAGAGCCAAAAGCUUAAUUAUAUACGCGACUGGAAUAAUAUCAAUGGAGAUUUUUGUUUCAUUUUGGGAUUUCCUUGGAUCCUUUUCAUAAUUGAAGGGGUCUUGUUUGGUGUAUUAUUACAUAUGUAGCUGCAUAAUUUUGAAGCAAACUUUCAAGUGAUUGUAUUAUCAGUUUAAUUAAUUAAAAAUGCAGAGACAUGUUUCUCUUUU